GGGCGCGCGCGCGCGUGUCCGGGCCGGAGCGCGCGCGCCGGGCAGGGGCGCACCAUGCCGCGGGCCGGGCCGCAGCUGCACCCCGAGGAUGAAAGCGCCGUGGCCAGCUAACAUGAGCUCCAUUCAGGACUGGGGUGAAGAGGUGGAGGAAGGAGCGAUUUACCAUGUCACCCUGAAAAGAGUCCAGAUCCUUCAGCCCGUGAAUAAAGGUGCAAGAUGGCUGGGUGUGGAAGGGGACCAGCUGCCCACGGGCCACACGGUGAGCCAGUACGAGACGUGUAAGAUCCGCACCAUCAAGGCGGGCACGUUGGAGAAGCUGGUGGAGAACCUGCUGACGGCCUUCGGGGACAACGACUUCACCUACAUCAGCAUCUUCCUGUCCACCUACCGCGGCUUCGCGUCCACCAAGGAGGUGCUGGAGCUGCUGCUGGACAGGUACGGGGACCUGACGAGCCCCUAUGGCUCAGACAACGGGACCCCCGUCUCGCCGGAGAGCAGGGCGGCCAUCCGGAACGCCAUCGCCUCCAUCCUGCGGGCCUGGCUGGACCAGUGUGCCGAGGACUUCUGGGAGCCGCCCGGCUUCCCCUGCCUGCAGCGGCUGCUGGCCUACCUGCGCGCCGCCAUGCCCGGCUCCGACCCCCAGCGCCGCGCCCAGGCCCUGCUGGAGCAGUUCCAGAAGCAGGACGCGGACUCGGACAACGGGCCCGGCCUGCCCUGCGGCCUGGACGGGGAGGACGAGCUGGAGGUGGGCGGCCCCGCCGAGUUCUCCUGCUUCCCCGAGGAUGUGGUGGCCGAGCAGCUGACCUACAUGGACGCCCUGUUCCGGAAGGUCGUGCCCCACCACUGCCUGGGCUGCGUGUGGUCGCGGCGGGACCGGAAGGAGAACCGGCACCUGGCACCCACCAUCCGCGCCACCAUCGCCCAGUUCAACGCCCUCACCCAGUGCGUGGUCAGCACCACGCUGGGCGCCCGAGAGCUGAGGCCCCCGCAGCGCGCCCGCCUCAUCGAGAAGUGGAUCAACAUUGCCCACGAGUGCCGGGUGCUGAAGAACUUCUCGUCGCUGCGGGCCAUCGUCUCGGCCCUGCAGUCCAACCCCAUCUACCGGCUCAAGAGGACCUGGGCGGCCGUGCCCAAGGACCAGAUGCUGAUGUUCGAGGAACUGUCCGACAUCUUCUCGGACCACGACAACCACCUGACCAGCCGGGAGCUGCUCAUGAAAGAGGGAACGUCCAAGUUCGCCAACCUGGGCAGCAACGUGAAGGAGAACCAGAAGCGCACACAGCGGCGGCUGCAGCUCCAGAAGGACAUGGGCGUGAUGCAGGGGACCGUCCCCUACCUGGGCACCUUCCUCACCGACCUCACCAUGCUGGACACGGCCCUGCAGGACUAUGUGGAGGGCGGGCUGAUCAACUUCGAGAAGCGGAGACGGGAGUUCGAGGUGAUCGCCCAGAUCAAGCUCCUGCAGUCGGCCUGCAACAGCUACUGCAUGGCCCCGGAUCCGCGCUUCCUCCACUGGUUCCACAGGCAGCAGCUCCUGACCGAGGAGGAGAGCUACACGCUGUCCUGCGAGAUCGAGGCGGCGGCUGACGCCAGUGCCACGUCACCCAAGCCCCGCAAGAGCAUGGUGAAGCGGCUGAGCCUGCUCUUCCUGGGCUCGGACCUCCUGGCGGGCAGCACCCCCGGCAAGGAGCCCCCCAAGUCUGCGGCCAGCGGGAGCUCGGGCGAGAGCAUGGACUCGGUCAGCGUGUCCUCCUGUGAGUCCAACCCCUCGGAGCCCGAGGAGGGCAGCUUCCCAGCCCUGCACACGCCCGAUGAGCCCCAGAAGAAGCUCUCCGAGUCCUCGUCCUCCUGCUCCUCCCUGCACUCCAUGGACACGGCCUCCUCAGGGAUGUCCUCCUCCGCCCAGCCGCUCGCCUCGCCGCCCGCCGGCCCCGGCGACCCCCGGGCCCGCAAGCGCUCCGUGUCGGUGGCAUCCAUCGCAUCGGCUGGGCUGCCCCCAGCCUACAACCAGCAGAGCGAGGACAGCUGCGUCAUCCGCAUCAGCCUGGAGGACAGCAACGGGAACAUGUACAAGAGCAUCCUGCUGACGAGCCAGGACAAGACCCCCACGGUGAUCCAGCGGGCCAUGGCCAAGCACAGCCUGGACGCCGACCCCGCCGAGGACUACGAGCUGGUGCAGGUCAUCUCCGGCGACAAAGAGCUGGUGAUCCCCGACUCGGCCAACGUCUUCUACGCCAUGAACAGCCAAGUUAACUUUGACUUCAUCCUGCGCAAGAAAUUGGUGCCUGAGGAGCAGGUGAAGUUGCGGAACCGAACGAGCCUGACCCUCCCCAGGACGUCCAGGCGGGGCUGCUGGGCCCAGCGGCACAGUAAGAUCACUCUGUGAGCACCCUGGACACCCCAGACUGCACCGGCCCCCGCGGCCCUGCCAAGACCCGCUGGAAGCCAGAGCAGAAGGAGACACCCCUGGCUCCGGCCGCGUGGACGGGGAAGGCCCCCAAGGAACAGGAGACUGCCUGGGCCACGGGGCAAACCCACUUUGCACAGAACCCGCGGGUGCGGGGGCCAUCAGGGCCGCAGAGGUGACUGCUGGGCAGCAUGAAGGACCACUUGGGAAGGGUUUGGAUGAGCCCACGCCUCCUGCUCUCUGUGCCCCCACUCCCAGGGUGGAGAGGAGCCGGGGCCCGGCUGAGCGCUCGGGACCGGGUCACCCAGGCAGCAGCAAAGCCCCCCAGACACACGCCCGGGAAUCGAGAAACGGCACUGCCGGGCGAGGAGGCGAGGCCGAGGCUUCUGGACGCCGGCACCUGCAUCCUGGGAUCCGCGCCCCACGGCUUCCCUGGACAGAGCCCCCAGCCGCACGCUGGCACCCCCCACCCAGCGUUCCUGGAGGGCCUCCCCGGGUGCCCCAUGCCCCGUCUCUGUCCGGGUUCCAGCCCCAGCCGUGCGGGCGCCACCUCAAAGCCAUAUGUGGGGCCCAAACCCGGGGAAGAAGCACUUUCCGAAUUUGUCCUUUUUAUGAAAAAAAAAAAGAAUCUCAAAGUACCAGUUUUUAUUCCAAAAAUAAAGAGGACUGAGGCUACGGAA